GGUCGGACAGCCGAGGGAUUCCAAAAUAAGACACGGCCGUUGGAAAUGAGUGCAUUGCUCAACUGAUUGGACUCUAAACUGGUCGCCCCCGACUGUUGCUGUAAUGGUCUCCAAAGUGAGUGUUAUUACACCGCAGGGGAAUUUAUGUAUGACAGAAAAGAAAGAAAAUGAAAGAAGGAAGUCAAGGCAGACCGAGUGAAAACGGAGGGAAAAACCCUGAAUCACUCCGCUUCCUGUCUGAGAAAAGGAAGGGGGUGGUGGAGGCAUUUACUCUGCCACAGUCAGACAGUUGAGACCAGUGCAAUAUUCAGCAUAAAGUGCAGUGGGGGAGGAGUCCUCUCCUGCUCGCUGAAUCCACUCCAGUGCUUCAGGGCAGCCAUCAUAUACUGUUCACUAUUGUGUGCGGCUAAGGGGAAGAAGAAAAAAGAGGAGGGAGCAGAGGAGGGAAAGAAAACCUGUCUCUUUGUGUGGGAAGGACCCAGCAGGAAAGUGAUUUUGUGAUUAUUUGAGUUUGCCAGCAAGGCAAAGCUCUUCCCCUCCGACCUGCAGCAACAUCUUGGCUGCUCUGUGUGCCUCUGUUCCCUUACACCAGAGUCACAUAUGAGUGCGCUUCUUGGGCCGGCAAACAGCGACACCCGGGCUUCUCCUGAUGAUGAGAGCUGACGUCAGACUGGUUUCCAUGAAUAUUGAUGUGGAGGAUAGUCUGUUUCAUAGAAGAACAGAAAGAGGCAAGAUGGCUGCCCUUUAGGAUUUGUUAAAGAGGAGAUCUAGACGGUUUGUUGGAAUUUCUACAAAGUGGAGGGACGUGAAAAGGAGGACGGACAGAGGGCAGCCUGUGGAUGGACUCUGAGCAGGCCAGAUGGAAACAGAACAGGCCAGACAUGAGACGGAAGAAAGUCUGAUAUUAGCACAAUUUGACACAUCUCACAUCUCUCACAAACUCCAGAAUGGAGGCCAGUCUUCAGAAGAAGAUUCUCUGCAGAUCAAUGGGGAUACGAACUGGAACCAUUACAAACCCAGCACAGGUGCCAACUCCAUGAAAAGGCACAGGGACAACUGCCACAGCCCUGCUUCAGUACAAGGGCUGUUCGAUCAAGGAUCAUAUGUGAUGAAUGGAGAAUUGAUGAAUGGAGAGUUGAAGCAUACACUCAAUGACCAGUCCUUACUGGUCCAUCAGCCCAAAAAACUUAAAGUAAAUUCUGAGAUAAAAGGAAAUGACAACAUGAGUUCCAACUUGGUGGACAGCUUCCCUGAGUUGACAAAGGCAGCAGAAUUUGAGUGCAAUACCCCACAGACAGAGAUCAAGUUAGACAAAAGGAACUGUAAUUUUCCUAAUGGUGAUAUUUUCAAUCUGCCAAGGAACAAGCAGGUUUCAAUUCCCAAUGGUGCUAUAUCACCCCCUUCAACCAUCGAAAGCACUCCAGGUGAUCUUUUAGAGAAAACCUUGUCUCAGUAUUAUCCUGAGCAAGUGUCAAUUGCACAACAAAUAUCUGGGCCACAGCUAGAUGCCGUCAGUGGCUCACUUGCAAAAAAGCUGCCCAGUGAAAGUGCUCGACCUCUCUCUUCAAACUCAGGAUUGCCUAGCUCAGCCCAGAUCCAACAACAGCAGCAACAGCAGCCUGGGGCAUCAGGCAAUGUUGAAGGGGGCAACAGUUAUAACUCUGUCAACUAUGUAGUCAAUGGAUACUCCAAUAAUUUUGAAGCAGAUCACCAGCAGCAACAACAGCAGUAUCAACGGCGACCACAAUCUUACUCUGGUCAGGAGCUGUCUCUAGGACAGCUCCCGGGCAUUGUACCACCUACAGAUACUACCAAUAACUCACAACAACAUCAAAAUGGCCCACAGUGCUAUACAGAUGACACAAACCCCCAAGGUAUAUAUGUGAAAGCCAACCAGGACUUUAACCAGAACUCUUUUCUGGAACAAAAUGCUCCUCUACAGGCAGCAGAGACAGGUGGAUAUGGAUCCUUUCCCAACUCUGGAUUACAGAAGGUGGGGCAAAGUGAGGAAGCCAGGUCUAGUCAGCAUCAGCACCAUGGCACUGACAGGGGCCACCAGUAUGGGAUUCAACCCCAGACCCUAAAACAAAUGACUGAAAACCCACAUGGAGCUGACAAUAUUGGAUCCAUGGGGCCCGGUAUCCAGCAGUCACGCCACACUGGGUUAGAACAUGGGCUGGAGAACAUCUCUCAGCAGAGAGCCAAUGUAUCAUGUUCAACUCCCCACCAGAGAGGCUGGAUAGAGCUUAACUCUUCACAUUCCCAGCAGCGACCGGCAAGUGGCCCAUCAUCCCAGGCCCAAGAACAGGACAUGUGGAGGGGGUUCCCUGCUAAGCCUCAAUCAGAGCAGUCAACAGCUAACCCCCAGGUUCACAGCCAGAUGCCUGAGCAGUGUAACUUCCCCCAAAAUCAGCAGGCAGACAGCCGCUAUUGCACCCAGAUGCAGUCAGAGCACUUAUGUGAAGACCCUGACCUGCAGGAUAUACUGUCACCUGGGUUUUUAGCUACACCGCAACAGCAGCAACAACAGCACUGUCAUCUUCAACGUCCACUGUCCCACCCACCACAAUUUGAAGGGCAGCAACUCAAGUCUCCCAAUUACAGACCUCGCAGUCAGCCUCAGCCGGGUCAGCAGCAGCUUCAACCCAACCAGCCCCUGAGAAUCAAUUCAGCUCAGUCCAACAACCAACACAGCCAGCACAGCAAGCAUGCAACAUUCAGUUACAACGACACAACAGAAAUGCCACAACCACAACAACAUCAAAGACAGUAUCCUCCAAACUCAGGCAAUAGUAACCUCAAGCAAUUUCAGCCACAGCGGCCUAACAACCACUGCCACCAGCCCAAUCAUGCUGACAUCUCCCAGACCUCUGCACAGUCACAACCUCACUUAACAGAAGGUGCGAUAAACCAACAAGUAUCAAUGCAGAGCCAUCCCAAAGUUGAACAACAGCUAAAGAUAUCAUGCACUGAGUUCCAAAGGGGACCUCGACUACCUCUGAGACCUGUAGGUGCCCAUGGAGACUUUCAGAGGCAUGCAGCCCUACGUAUGCACCUGUUACAAAAACAGGAGCGUCAAGGCCCUCUUCCACCCCCUCAAAGCAUUAGUGACCCCAAACAUGGCCUGAGGGCUGUGAAAAUGGAAAAUGGACCCAGAUUUGAGCUGCCCGUUUCACAACAGCAGGAGCAGCAACAACAACUGCGAGAAGCAGGCAUAGGUGGAAUUCAAGUCAAGCAGGAGAAUCAACAAUCACUGUGUGAGCAAAGCAAGAGGCAGGGAAGUAUCUUGGCCUCUAUGGAACAAAGCCUGAGGCAGUAUCAGCUUUCACCAGUGUAUGAGAAAAAAUCCUUUGUUAUUAAUUCAUCAAAUAAAGUCAAGGUGGAAUCUUCCGGGCCUGUGACAGUCCUGUCAACCAAUGCGGGCCUGAAUGGACUGGAAUCAUCAGCAGCUGCUUCAACCCAUAUACCUCUAAAAAAACCACCUGAUUCCACCCCUAAGAAGGAACACCUCCUACAAAGCUUUAUAGAGUCUCCUAUGAAGCUAUUGGAUACCCCUAUAAAAAAUCUACUAGAUACUCCCAUGAAAACACAAUAUGACAUUGCAUCCUGCCACUGUGUUGAACAAAUCAGUGAGAAGGAUGAAGGCCCAUACUACACUCACUUGGGAUCAGCGCCUAGUGUUCCUAGUAUACGGGAGUUGAUGGAGAAAAGGUCUGGUCUGAGUGGUCGCGCCAUCAGGAUUGAGAAAGUUGUAUACACCGGCAAAGAAGGGAAAAGCACACAGGGGUGCCCCAUAGCUAAAUGGGUUAUUCGUCGAUCCAGUGUAGAAGAAAAGCUACUGGUGCUGGUGCGGGAACGUACUGGUCAUACAUGUGACACAGCCUGCAUCAUUGUAGUAAUCUUGGUCUGGGAAGGCAUUCAGCCCAGCCUGGCUGACCGCCUCUACCUCGAGUUAAGUGAAACUCUAACAAAGCAUGGAGCCCUCACACAGAGACGCUGCGCUCUCAAUGAGGAGAGGACCUGUGCAUGCCAGGGAUUAAAUCCUGACACCUGUGGAGCAUCUUUCUCCUUUGGCUGCUCCUGGAGUAUGUACUACAAUGGCUGCAAAUUUGCCCGGAGCAAAAUACCAAGAAAAUUUAAGCUACUAGGAGAUGAUAUGAAAGAGGAAGAAAGAAUAGAGAAAAACUUUCAAAAUCUGGCAACUUUAUUAGCCCCCUUAUAUAAAACUUUGGCACCUGAAGCAUAUGGAAACCAAGUGGAACAUGAACACAGAGCAACAGAUUGUCGUCUUGGGCUCAAAGAGGGCCGUCCAUUCUCUGGGGUCACUGCUUGUCUGGACUUCUGUGCCCAUGCUCACAGAGACCUCCACAACAUGCAGGGCGGCAGCACUGUGGUGUGUACAUUAACAAGGGAGGACAACCGUGAGAUUGGAAAGAUACCAGAGGAUGAGCAGCUCCAUGUACUGCCUCUUUAUAAGGCUUCCAGCACUGAUGAAUUUGGCAGUGAGGAAGGUCAGCAGGAGAAGAUCAAGUCAGGUGCCAUCCAAGUCCUCAGUGCCUUCCGGCGCCAGGUUCGCAUGCUUGCAGAACCCGCCAAGUCUUGCCGGCAAAAAAAGCUGGAUGCUAAGAAAGCAGCAGCCAACAAGAAUGCAAUGCUGGACAGCUCUAAUGACAAGGCACUCCUGGCCAAGGCAAAAGCUGGCACCUGUGAAAACAUCACUCAGAGCACUCCUAUGGCAGGACUUAUUCCAGGUGCUGUUGGUGCAAGCCUACAGUCCAGUCAGCUAACACACCCGCUUGGGGUCCAUCAUCAGCAACAACAGCACGAGACUAUUCUUCCCCCUUAUCCUGGCUCAACAAAUGCAGCCAGCUACCCCAGGUUUCCCAACCACCCUGGGGCUUUUCCUAGCACUUCAAAGCCAGGCAGCAUGUAUCCACCUCAGCCGCCAACACCAGCUAGCCCUUACCCCUCCCCGCUCAGUGUACCAAACUCUUAUAUUAAUGGAUCAAAUCGUCCAUACCCAGGUUAUCAAUGUAAUGGAGGGAUGCCCCUUGACAAUUACCAUCCAUACUAUGCUUCAAACCCAAAGCACCUGGACAUGUAUCGACAACAGAGGCCGAUGCUUUACUCAGAGCAGCAGUAUGGUAUACAACAACGUUAUGGGGUCAAUUAUCCACCAAGGUAUGGUGAGCCAGGUUUACAGGUCAAUGGUUACAAUGCCUGCAGCAUGAGGCCAGUUCAUCCAAUGAGGUCGUAUGCCCCGUAUGGUCCUAAUGGGGCCUCAGAUCCCCAAUUCAUGGACCCCCUCUCAAGAGCACCCUCUGCCCAUGAAGGUCUAGACUAUACAGUGGCUGUGAGCAAAGGCAAUCAGUUUGGAGGAUACCAAAAUCCAUACCUAUCUCGAAGCCCUCAAAUCCUACCCCCAGGGCAAGAUCCUUUCCAUAUGCAAAUCAAGACAGAGAUGGGCAUGCCUCGUCCACAAAUGCUUUCUGCUCAGUUAAGUGGUGGGUGUUUAAACCCUGAAACACAGUCAGGGUUAGGUCUGCUUAAUGGGAGCCUCAUGGGUUCUGGUAUUAAGCAGGAACCUGGAACCCCACAGACACCCACAACCCCACAAAAGCCUGAGAUGUGGUCAGACAAUGAGCACAACUUCUUGGACCCUGACAUUGGUGGUGUGGCAGUGGCACCUACCCAUGGUUCAGUCCUCAUUGAGUGUGCAAAACGGGAGCUUCAUGCUACAACACCCCUUAAAAACCCAGACCGCAACCACCCAACACGUAUCUCCUUGGUCUUCUACCAGCACAAAAAUAUGAAUGAAGCCAAGCAUGGUUUGGCACUAUGGGAAGCCAAGAUGGCAGAGAAGGCUCGGGAGAAGGAGGAAGAUGCAGAGAGGAAUGGUGGUGAGGGGACUCCUAGUAAGGGCAGCAAAAAGGGGGUGAAGCGUGAGCAUUCAGAGUCAUCAGAAACCACCGGGGAGCCUCCCUAUAAGCGUUUUAUCAAGGCACUAAUGGAGGGGUCCUUGUCGUGCACCACAAACUCCUAUGUCAGUACAGCUCCAUAUGCCUUCACCAAGGUCACAGGGCCUUACAGUCAGUUUGUGUAGAAAAUGUUCAUGAGGAAGACAAGACAGGUGCUUUGUUCAAGACGAAGAGCACACGCACCACUUGCCUCAUCUACACACUCCUCCCUAUCCAUAAGGUGUUGUGCUUAAAACGGAACCAGUAAUAUGAUGAGAUCAUUUUUCACAUCAGGUCUUUCACCUCUUUAACAACCAAGCUUUACUAGAUGACCCUACUAAGGAUGUAUUUAUUUUUGUUUGGCAACUUUUGCAAGAUACACACUGUCAAAAUCUCUGGUGCUUUCAGUCUGAUACACAAGGACCUAUUUUUAAUUGAAACAAAGUUUCAUUUUUGGUGGCUUUAUUUUUCUUACAGAAUUUUGGAGAUGUCACCUUAGCAUAAAACACUGACUUUGUACAUGGUGCUAAAGUGUGUGCUUAUUACCAUUUAUUUUAAUUCAAAUGCCUUCACACUAUAACCAGAACACACUCUACGAGUGAUACUCAAUGACUUACGUCAAAAGGACACUGAAAAACUCAUCCCGUGGUCAAAUCAUCAGCAUCAUAAUGGUUUUUGGCAAGUCAAUGUUUCUUAGAGCACUUUUUGAUAAUGAGAGUUAAAAGUUAAAUUAAUGUUUAAUGUUUUGGUUAUACUUUUAAAUCAUAAAAUCUGGUUAUACUAUAUUGCUACAUUGAGUGUAAUUAAUUUCUAAGCAUCACUAAAAUCAAUUGAUGAAUUUAUAAGAGAGGGUUGUAUAAGCAAUCCAUGAAACUGUUUCAAGCUCAUGCAAAAAGAUUUUUUAAAACUAUCAUUGUAUUGGUGCUCUUUCACUUUCCUGUCAUUUAUACUGUAAAUUGAGCCAUUCUAAUGGUGCAUUUUUAAUAUUUCGAGGCAAAAAAAUCUACAUUUGUGUUAAUUUCGUUUUUUCCAGGUUUAUUUUGUUGUCAGCGACUGUUUUUAAUGCUCCUUACCUUAGGUUCAUUAAACAAACCUGGACUGUGAAUAUUACAUGUAGUUUUAUGUCUGUGGUGCAUAGUAAAUGUGCUUUUAAUACACUGAGGAACAUGAAACAGGGUAAGCUCAGCGUCAGUUUCAGAAGGCAGCUGGCUUGCUGUGGGGUCUUUAAUUAUUGCAACCUAACUGUAAGAUAAACAGGUAAGAUUUGUACAGUAAGUUAAUUUCCUCUUUUGGAAUUACUGUUAUAGAUUUUGUGUUGUAAAGAAUGAUAAUAGCCUAUUUCAUUGUAUUUCUAUGGGUUUAAACUGAUUUUAUAUCAUGGGGUGCUAAAAACAUACAAUGUGAGACAGUGAGAAGGCUUUUAAAUAAUGUACAGUACAAAUCUGUCAUAUACCUCAAAACUAGUUUGGCAAUAGGAUUAUAACACAUUUUCUUUCUUCCUUUGUAUUUUACUUUAAAAUGUUAAUAAGAGUUAAUGUUCAGGCCACCAAAAGGCAUACAAGUUCAUUUCUUACUUUUUUUAUCGAUCUGGUAUAAAGUAUUACUUGGACUUGAAGCUUUGAUGUUACUGUAAAAUCAGGGACAUUUUCAAUGUCAGUUUCAAUUCUGUGUGCAUCUUUAUCGCCUGUAUUCAUCUUGUCUUUUUCUCAUUCAGGUACUUGCCAUUGCAUCCUGAAUCCAAUCCUAUACUUCUUGGAGACAAAAGUUAUUUUUGAGGAAAAUCAUGCUUUCCUCCAGUUUAAUUUUUACUUAUAUUUUAGCUAGUAGGAUGGUGGUAAUCUUUUAAAAGUAAUUUGAACAUAUAUGCACUGAGUUGACUAAAGGGAAAGUAUGAUAAUGACUAAAUAAAUAGCAAUGUAUCUGCAUUUGCUAUGAGGCAAGACCAGGGCAGUGAUUAACAUAGUUGCACAUCUUUGUGCCAGUGUAUAGUUAAAUUUAUUUAUAACCACUAAGCAAUUGUAUAAUGAUUUCUCUUCCCUGUCUAUUUGAAUCAAUUAAUGCGAUAUAUAAUGGAAUGACUGUCAUUUUAUAGUAACAACUUACCCCAUGAUUCAACAUAUUCAUUUUCUGGAAGCACUUCGUUUUUUUUUUUCAGGAAAAAAUAUGUAAUAAAGAAUUACAAAACGUUUUAUUUAAACAGAUUGUAAAUGUGUUAAAAAAAAUAAAUAAAUAAAUUAUGUCACAUUGUACAUACCAAGAACCUGUAUUACAGGAAUACAACUCAUUCUUUAAUAAUGAUGUAGGUUCUUAUUGUUCUGUAAAACUGACCCACAGCUCUAUCAGCAAUCCUCAUCAUAUCUACUUUUGGCUCGUUCAGGUUAAAAGAAUGAUCAUGGUUAGAUUAUCCAGGAAGUCUUCGUAAAUUUUCACUGUCACAGCAAUGUUUACAGUUAUAGUAUCCUGUUUGCUCAGACAUUAGACGUCCUAAUUUUUUUUUUUUUUUUUUUUUUACUGUUCCACUUUUGUAAAAUAAACCAUUAAAAAUGUUGAAUUUCAUUGUACAGGACCCAGCUACAGUAGCAGGUUGUGCUUAAGAAAGCCGGGGUGUCUAAGAUAUAGCGGGUUAAAAGCAUAGCCAUACUUGAAGAUGCUUCAGAGUGUUUCUGAGUGAGUCAACAUUACUUGAAUGACUUUCUGGGCUUAACUAGUACGCUAUAUGUGCUCAGCUCAAAGGUUAAGCUAGCAGUUGAUACACACUUGGUCUUUUUGCAGUUAGACACUAAAGUUAUUAAAAAAAAAAAAAAAAGGUGCAACUUUUUCCUGUCAUUUUAUUUUUUAAGGCUUCCCUUGUUUUCCUGAAGUUUGGUAUGCUACAAAAAAAUGGAAUUAAGGAUGGGUAUUAAUACUGUAAGUAUUGUAAUGUACUGAAUGCAGUUUAUUUGAAAGCUGUUUAUUAUAUCAUUCCUGAUAUUGCUGAAAUGUGGGUGUUUUUUUAAUAAAAUGUAUAUUUAUUUAAAAGAA